UAGUCCCGCCCCGCUCGGGGAACGUGGGAUUGGCACUGCAAGCAGCCAAUCCACUGACGGCGCAUUCAGGUCUUGAAGGCUUCCGCAAACUAAGCUAAGCUGCGUUGGAGCGGACCAGUCGCUAUCGGCCUUGAAGAGACGCUGUGGCUGCGGAGCGGGUCUUCCCCUGAGUUGGCCGCCGGGAGUGGGGGCGGUGGAUCUCACUGGUCGUUUUUUGCCGGGAUGAUAGGUGUUCUUGAGGACAGUGUUAUAUCGCUUAAGAGCAAACAUGAAUGUUGGAGUCGCGCACAGCGAGGUGAAUCCAAAUACCCGGGUAAUGAACAGCCGGGGGAUGUGGCUGACAUAUGCGUUGGGAGUCGUCUUGCUUCAUAUUGUCUUACUCAGUAUUCCCUUCUUCAGUGUUCCUGUUGCUUGGACCUUAACAAAUGUUAUACAUAAUCUGGGGAUGUAUGUAUUUUUGCAUGCUGUAAAAGGAACACCUUUCGAGACUCCUGACCAGGGAAAAGCAAGGCUCCUAACUCAUUGGGAACAACUGGACUAUGGAGUACAGUUUACAUCUUCACGGAAGUUUUUCACAAUUUCUCCAAUAAUUCUAUAUUUUCUGGCCAGUUUCUAUACGAAGUAUGAUCCAACUCACUUCAUCCUAAAUACAGCUUCUCUCCUGAGUGUGCUAAUUCCCAAAAUGCCACAGCUACAUGGUGUUCGGAUCUUUGGAAUUAACAAGUAUUGAAAGGUUUUGAAACUGAAGAAAAGUUUUUACAGCUACUGAGUUGCUUGUAAUGAAGGAGUGGUUAGUAAACUGCACUGUUCCUA